AUGUGUUUAUUGUUCGAAGCGAUUUUGAUGAAAGAAGAAAAAGCAAGAGAAAAUGGUAAUUUAUCGGAAGUUCUACCGAAAAAAAUUUUGAUUUCAAAUAUACAAAUGAACCUCAAUUUAUUGAUUUCAGAAACUAUAUUAAACAAUUUCUACUCAUAUUUCUACGAUCAACAAACCUCCGAUCAUUAUAAAUGGCAAAUUAAUCCGAUAACAGUUCCAGUAUCUUUUUUUGGUAGAAUCGUUGUUCUCAUAUUUUCGAUAAUGGGAGAAUCAUUUGGAGUGUUUGUGAAGAAAUUUUUCUCGGAACUUCCAAUAAUACCAGCUUUGAUAACAUUUCCUUUCACAUUGUUUUGCUGUCUUAUUGGUCUUUUAUGCACAUUUGGAUAUAAUUUCGACAUCGGUUAUGGAUUCAUUAGAGUUAAAUCACCAAGUCGAUUUAGAAGAUUCAUCGAAAAAUUCAAAAAUCCUACUUCUCCUACUGGAAGAAGGGAGCCUACUGAAAUAAGCAAUCUGGACUAUUUUGUGAAGAAAAUAAAUGAAAAUUAUCAAAAGACUAUUCUGUAA